CAACUUUCACUCUUGAAAACCAAAAAAAGUUCCCGCGACGCCGAUUGACUCCUCCACGCGCCGGGUGACACAACUCUUUUUUCUACAUUUCCCACUCGACGAGACCCUCUCGACAUGCCCAGGUCAGAGGAAAUGACUGCAUAAAAAAAACACUUAUUCGUCCAUGCAUUACAAGAAGCUAGCAGUCGCUGCCGCAUCAAAGAGGAUAAGAACCGUGCUGCCGACUCGAAUCUCUACCACCACAUCCUCGUUCCUAUCGCUUAGACGUUGUCUUUCCACAAGAGAUUUUACACGAUCUCCAGAAUCGUCGGUAGAUCCCUCGGUGUUCACUAGCUCAAGAAUACGUCGGGUGCCAGACUCUGUCUCGAAACCUAGAACCACUCCGUUCCGGAAUCUUCGCCCAGCGAAGCCCACUCCUCGCCUCGCCGUCAAGCCUCCGAGCAAAGAUCGGCCUCCCAAGUCCAAGAUCCCAGACUCGGUCUCGAAGACAGUCGCUAGAGAACUCCUUCGCAACAGAUACCUCUUCGCCGAAUACAGUCUCUUCUCGCCGCAACGGGCCUUUCAAAAGUGGAAGAAUCACGGCCUUCUGAAGCACACCAAGAUCCCCGAGGACUUCUUUAGCGGCCGCAUCCCUAUCAAGCUCUACCCUUAUCAGGUUGACGGACCUCGUUUUAUCCUUGCUUCUCCUGCUCCAGAACAGAAGGAAGCUCCUCCACUACCUGCAAAACCCGAGUUCGGCGCCAUGCGCAGCCACGUCCAGAUCGUCGCCGCCCCGACGGCCGACACCCCAGGCGCAUGCCUCCUCGUCCACUAUGACAACCGCCGUUACCUUUUCGGCCACCUCUCCGAAGGCACGCAGCGCCUCUUCACCGAAAACAAAAUUCCCGCCGCAAAGCUGUCGCACAUCUUCCUCUCUGGCAAGACGGACUGGGCAACGACAGGCGGCCUACUGGGCAUGAUUUUGACCGUUGCCGAUGUCAUCAUAAGCGCAAAGACUGCAGUUGAGGAAGAGAACAAGCUGCGUCGUCAGAAGAACAAGCCAGAAAUUACCCAUGGCGGUCCUCAGCGUAUCGAGAUUCACGGCUCCAAGAACCUUGAGCACAUGCUGGCUGCUGCCAGACGAUUCGUGUUCCGCAAGGGCUUCCCACUCGAUGCCCAUGAGCUCCGCGCCGAUCCCAGGGCCGCAAACCCCGAGAACAGCAAGCCUGACUACGAGGAUGAAAACCUCAAGGUCUGGAAGAUCCCUCUUGUUGCCACAGGCAUGGAGAGCCGGUCGCGUAGCAGCAGUACCGGCUCGCAGAACCCGCGGAAGCGGAAACUGAACUCUUCGGAGGAGCCCGAGGUCAUGGACACUCUGGUAGAGGGAGAGGACGGAGAGGUUGUGGAAGAUGUGCCGGCGGGAGUGGAGGAUGACGAGAAGACCCACCUUCUCAUGCAGACGGUUAUUAAGCACAUGUUCGACUCAGACUGGAAGGCCGACACUCUUGUAGAACAGCCUCUACACAAGGUCAAGCUGCCGGCCAAGAUCUUUGUCCGCGACGAUGAAGGCAAGAUCACAGUGUACAAGGGCCCAUUGCCGGGGAGGGACGCGAACGUUCCUGAUAUCAGGGUGCUUGUGAGGGAGCCUUGGCCUGGUGCGCUUGUCCACCGGUUGCCACCCACGGACCCUUGCUUCGAUUCCACAUGCUACAUCGUUAAGAAUCAUGCUCGUCGAGGCAAGUUCCAGCCUGCGAACGCUCUCAAAUACGGGCUACCCAAGUGGACAUUCAGCAAGCUGGCAAAGGGCGAGAGCGUGACGGCAGAGGAUGGAACUGUUGUUACCCCCGAUAUGGUUUUGGACCCUCCUAUUCCCGGCCACGGUUUUGCUCUAGUUGAUGUCCGCUACGAGUAUCUCCUCGAUAGCCUCCUCAAGAGGCCCGAGUGGGAGAACAAGGAGAUCAUGGAGCAUAUCGAUGCCUUCUACUGGAUCCUUAGCCCAGAGGUCAAGGAUGAUUCCCGCCUGAAGGAUUUCAUGGCGAAGCACAGCUCCUUCAAACACGUUGUUCUCGGUGAGGGAAUGAACCCCAACACCAUCUCAUUCGGGGGCGCGUCUGGGAAGGCUAUCAUGAUGCAUCGGAUGGAUCCCGACCGCUUCUCCAUUCCCAACCACAACAACCAGGAAGAAGCCUUACCAGCGGGCUUGGCAUCUGUUGCUCAGCUAGGCAAGCCCGGCGAAAGACUACUCCUCUCUCCUUCGGUCGAAUUUCAGCGCCAGUUCGCCAACGCUGUCAUGGACACCAUCAAGCCGAUCAAGGAGCUCACUUCCACCCACGCCAAAGCCUUCAACCUGGCGCUCGAAGCGCAAACGAAGGUAUCCGACCCUGCUUUCGCCGCCCGCGUCGCCGAGUCCGAGCAAGACAUUCCCAACCGGGACGCCGAAAUCGUCACUCUCGGCACCGGGUCCGCCCUUCCCUCCAAGUACCGCAACGUCUCAGCCACGCUCAUCCGCGUCCCCGGCUACGGCAGCUAUCUGUUCGACUGCGGCGAGAACACCCUCGGCCAGCUCCGGCGCGUGUACGGCUACGCCGAAACCGACGCCAUCCUCCGCGAUCUGCGCGCCAUCUACAUCUCUCACUUGCACGCCGACCACCACCUCGGUGUUCCCUCCGUUCUCGCCCGCCGCGCCGCCGCCAACGCCGCUCUCCCCGCCGACGAGGCCCCCAAACCGCUCACUAUCAUCUCCACAACAAAGUACAUCGGCUUCCUGCACGAGUACAAAGACGUCGAGCCUCUCGACUGGGCCAACAUCAAAUUCCUCACCCUCAUCGGGACAGGCCGCAAACCCACCGAUGACCCGUCCGGUCCUCCCUCGGCCGACUUGGGACCAGGGAACAACCAUUUCAACAUGCUCCCGGGCACCCUCUGCGCUUUACAACCCGCCAGCUUCCGCACCGCGGCAACCCUAGAAGCCCAAACCGGCCUCGCCUCCAUCGACGCCUGUUUCGUCGACCACUGUCUCGGCGCCACGGCCGCCGUGUUCACCUGGCCGUCUGGUCUCAAAAUCUCCUUUUCCGGUGACUGUCGGCCGUCGGACUGUUUCGCGCAGAUCGGCAAAGGGUCGCACUUGUUGAUUCACGAGUGCACGUUCGAUGAUGAGCUGAUUGGCGAAGCAAAAGCCAAGAAACACUCGACUGCGGGCGAGGCGUUGGAUGUAGGCCGCAAAAUGGGGGCGAGGAGGGUCUUGUUGACGCAUUUCAGUCAGCGGUAUCCGAAGAUGCAGGCGCCUGUUUUGGACGAGUUAGAGGGCCAGGAGCAGAGUGUUAGUGGUGAGAAAAAGGAUCGGACGGUGGUGUUGUAUGCGUUUGAUUACAUGAAGAUCAAGUUGGGCGAGUUCAAGAUGGCGGAGAGGUUCUUGCCGGCGCUGAGGGAGUUGUAUGGCGAGUUGGAGAAUGAGGAGGAGGAUGGUGGUGGGGCAAAGGAGUAAUCUGUAUGUGACAUGUGUUAUCGAGGUUAGUCAUGGUUUCUUUGGCAUGCUUGGACAUGUUACAGGUAUAUAGAAGGUUACAUGGUUAUAGAUAGAGUGAUGAAGAUGUAUGACGAGAAUAUACCCCGGGUUUCUGGAUACAGAGAUAUGGUACCUUGAAUAUGUAUAUGAAGGAUGAA